UGUAUCUCCCCCUCCAUCCCUCUGCCCUCUUUCUCACUGAACUGCCGUUGAACUUCUCUCGAGUUAAUCUCUUGCACGCCGUUGCGUCCGUCCAGCGCUGAACUUAAUUCGGGCAGCGAUGAAGUGGCGGCUACUAUUAGGUGCCUUGCUCAUCUCCCUGCUCUCCGCUCAGUUGGGACAUUGCCAAAACGAGGACAAGGACGACAAGAGCGCCCCAGAGAAGAGACCCAAAGGGAAGGCCCGGGCAGGGAAGGGAGCCGGGAAGAGGACCAAGACGGCCACGGCGAAACCCAAACUCACCGCCAUCGCCACACAGGCACCCCCGGCGUCUCAGGGCACGCAGCUGACACAGGUGCUGAACAAGGGCAAGUUCCAGAAGGUGGGGGACAGCCUGAGCGUGGCUGCAGGAGACACACUGCAGUUGCGCUGCAAAGGCAACCCUGUCCAGUGGGGGGUGCCAUACUACCUGGAGGAGGAGGAUGCUGGGAGACUCAAAAUGGUUCAACACGAUCGUUAUGGCACACUGACUUUGGCCAACGCCACUGGAGCGGAUACUGGGGAGUUCACCUGCUAUCCCAUGUACUGUGAGGACACAGACUGCCGCAAAGAGUACAACAAAGCUGUCAAGGUCUUCAUAUUUUUUCCUGAUCCCCAGGAGCUGUUUGUGCCGUCCUCCGACUACUACGAGGUCAUCCAGCUGCGCACCAACUGGCCCACCGUGCUGCCCUGCCAGGUGACCAACCCGCUGGCCAAGGUGACGCUGCACCGCGAGUUCCCCCCCGAGGAGGUGCAGGUGGACGGCACGGAGAUCUCGUUCAACGUCAAGCGCGGCUUCACCAUCCACCGGCCGAAGCCGCACCACGCCGGGUCCCUGUACUGCGUGGCCAGCAUGGGCGGCCUCCGCCAGAGCUCCACCAAGUACAUGCUCAUCUACGUCAACUAUCCUGCAGCGCCGCCCGCACCGGUCAUCCAGGCCUCCUCCGGCUCCGUAUCCGUGGGGUCAAACCUGCAGGUCACGUGCAUCGUGGUCGGAGAACAGGAUGUUGUUGUGGACUUCACCUGGGAGUAUCCAGGACAGCAGAUCGGCCGACCCCUCUACACCCAGGACAGCGUUGAGGUGGCCAAUAACAUCGGUCGCCUGCGGCAGCGGUCCGUGUCCAUCCUGAUGGUGGACGAGGUGAGGGACGUGGACCAGGGCACCUACACCUGCACCGCCCAAAACCUGGAGGGGUCGCGGUCCACCUCCACCACAGUGAAGGUGGUGCCCAAGAAGCCGUGAGAGAACACGAGAGAGGAUGCAAUUCAGUGGUGUAGUCUACUUAACUGUAGUGGGUAUAGACUGUGAUGGAGUCUACUCUAGGUAGUUCUAGUGGGUAUACUGUGAUCAACCCCAAAUGUUAAUACGUACCUAGCCUUGCCUAUUUUAAGUGGGUAUACUGAGAUGGUGAUGCUUUUUAAUGUAAGUGGGUAUACUGCGUUGUCCUGCGUAUCACGUAGACUACACCACUGACGCGAUUCAAGUGGAAACUCUUCACCUGAUUCUAGUAGUGCUUGCCAACCGCUAUAUGGGUUACUUUAGUACCUGUCCAGCAUCCUGCGUGUGCUGUACUGCAGACCAGCUCCUCACUGUCUCUCUGUUGAUGGGAUCAGAUUCGGGAGGCAUCAUAAAGAAUCAAAUGUAGAAUGUGUAUGAGUUCAAAUGCUUCUGGUUCUAUCAAAUGGAUGCAUCCAUAUAUGGUGCAUGAAUAUGCUUGAUCAUCACCACCGGUUGUUUGCGCAUGCUGAGCUGGGGGGGGUGCUACCAUGCUUCCUACAUACAGUACAGUGGGAGUGUUUUCAGAGUGGGUUAACAACAGGUUAUGUAAUCCAAAGGUAGAUAGGUUCUUUCUCAGUCAUGUGAGGGAAAAGGCAAUGUUUUGAAAGAAAAACUUUGUUAUUACCUGAGAGACAAGAAGUCUUCUCGAAAGAGUUUGGGAUUUUUCUAUAUAUAAAAGAAAUAAUGCAGAUUUGUUUUUAGGGAUUGCAUGGGACUGUGUGA